AUGAACAAGGCUGACCCUCGCGUCGACUCUGACCGCGACAACCGCGCCCGCCACGAGGCCAUUGCUGCUGGAGGCUACGGCGACUCCGCCACUGCCGGUCCUCACAAGUCGGACCUCAUGAACAAGGCCGAUCCUCGCGUUGACUCUGAUCGCGACAACCGUGGCCGCCACGAGACUCUUGGUUCGAGCAACUACGGCACCACUGGUACUAGUGGCUAUGGCACUACUGGAACCACCGGUACUACCGGCACCACUGGCGACUACGGCUCUUACGGCCACUCCGGAACUACUGGCACCACCACCGGUCCCGGCUCGUAUGGUCACUCCAGCACCACUGGCACCACUGGCUACGGCACUUCCUCUAGCAACGCCGGCCCUCACGACUCGAACCUCAUGAACAAAGCGGACCCCCGCGUGGACUCUGACCGUGACAACCGCGCGCGCCACGAAGCUAUGGCCACGAGCAGCUACAACGCGCCCGGUGGCUACGGCACCACAGGCUCAACUGGCUACGGCGGCUCCGCGACCGCUGGCCCCCACAGCUCGAACGUGCUGAACAAGGCUGAUCCUCGCGUGGACUCUGACCUUGAUAACCGUGCUACUCUCGGACCUCAGCGUUUCUAG